CCUCGUCGUGAUAUUGGCGAUUGAUAUGUAUUGUUAUUCGUAGGCUAGCUUUAAUCGUAAAAUUCAAUUUCCGAGUUAUUUUAUCACGAAGUUUGAGAGAUGACUUCCUUCGUGGAAAAUUUACAAUCCCUUCCGUGCGUGUGGUUCGAAAUAGGCGAGAAAAGAAAUGUAUUGGCAUCUAUAUGCGCCGGAACUUUGUUUUUUGUAGGAUGGUGGUUUAUCAUCGAUGCCAAUGCCAAGUAUCCCGAUGAAAUGUCAAAAGCUUAUCAUGUUUGUGGAAUAUUUGGAACUAUAUCUCUAUUCAUGAUAAAUUCUGUGUCAAAUGCACAAAUUAGAGGUGAAUCAUUUGAUGGGGGCUACUUUGGAGCCAGAGGUGCAAGAAGUUGGUUGUUUGUUGGGUUUGUAAUAGGAUUUGCUGCAGUAAUCGCAGCUUGUUGGAUUUUAUUUGCAGAUUUUGUAGCUGCAGAAGCCCAACAUCACUGGCCUGGAGUAGGUCUCUUCUUACAAAAUAUAUUCAUCUUUUUGGGAUCCCUCACAUAUAAAUUUGGAAGAACAGAUGAGUGUACAUUAUAAAUUCUGCACAGACUAUUCAAGUUCUAACAAAUAGCUAAGUACGGGACACUUUAUACUGAAGAAGAAGGAAUAAUUACCACACAUUGUAUUAAUAACAAGUUGCAUUAGUUCAGUGUAAUAUUGAACAGCUCUUUCUGUUUCUACUUAGACCUUAUAUAUAGUACAUACAAAUGAUUAUUUAAAUGUUUACUCAUUCAUAGGGAAUGCACUAUUCACGUAUAUAAAGAAUUUCUUUUCAAAUAACGUGUAAUGUAAUGAUAGAUAUAUAACUUGUCUAAUAACAUGUAAAACAUGCCUUUUUGUGAUAGCUUUUUCUAUUAUAAGAUGCAAGGAUCAAAUUUGAUAAGAUUGUUUAUUAAUAAACAGUUGUCUAUACAUCAUUUCGCGGUCAGUUAACAAAUUUUGCAUUUGUGCCCUUCACAAUUAAAUGACUGAAAUCUCAGCAUUGUACGCGAUUUUUUUAAAAUAAAUUAUCGUUGCGUUUAUAUAUA